GAAAAAAGAGGGAAAAAGAAAUCAUUAGUCUAAUUCGUCGGUUCAGAAAAAGCCACGCCGCGUCAAACUGUAAAAUUUCCAUAAGGGGAUUUUGCUUCUUUGCUGGCCGUUUGUGGCGGCGGGAUACACGGCCAAAUUUUCCGGCGAAGUGGUCGCUCUUCUUCGUUCUCUCGGCACUUCAGACAAUCCUUUCCACAUUUUGAAGUCUUGUGCUCUAACCAUCGGAUGAAGUAUUUCUACAUCAUCAACAGAUGAGGUGUUUUGCUUCAGGACUCGUUUUCUUAAAAAAAAUGUACUAUUUCGCUUAGUUUUUAAUUAUUAUUAUUGACAAUAUGAGGAGGGGAUUCAACGUCUAACGUCCAGAUUAUUAGAAUGAAAUAAUGAAUAUUCAAAACGAUUUUCCAACGGAGGUUUGGGCAGUGGUUUGUCUGGUUUUCGUGAUCUUUCCGGCUGUUUGAACUGAGAAUCAUUCCACCAUGAAGAUGGACUUUCUUGUCACAACGGUGGCAAAUCCAUACUGCUUUCCAAGAAAUUUCAAACAGGAACGCCCAAUGUUGUCCCAUCAGAGACACACUGCAUGUCGAGCUUCAUCUUGUAAGAUAUUCCAGCAGCAUAAUGAAGGAAGUUCUGUCGACUACGGUUUUAAUAUCAACAAUUCUCAAGUGAUUAAAAAAUUGAGCCGAAGAAGAAUGCCUACUUUAGCAAAAGAGAUUUUCUUGGAGCUGAAGUCUGAAGGUUUUCCUCUAAACAACUCUACGUUGUCCACUAUUAUGGUACACUACAUAGAUGAUGAUUCUCCUCUCCAAGCACAAGCAAUGUGGGAAGAAAUGUUAAACAGUUGUUUUGAACCUUCUGUGCAAGUAAUUUCAAAGUUAUUUAACGCUUAUGGAAAGAUGGGACACUUUGAUUAUAUAACUAAAGUUCUAGAUCAGGUAAAGUUAAGGUAUUCACACUUACUGCCUGAGGCAUACUCACUAGCCAUAUCUUGUUUUGGGAAGCACAAACAACUAGAAUUGAUGGAAAGUACUUUGAGGGAAAUGGUUUCUAGUGGUUUUACAGUUAAUUCUGCUACUGGAAAUUCUUUUAUUAUAUACUACAGCAUGUUUGGUUCUUUAUUAGAGAUGGAAACUGCCUAUGGUCGUCUUAAAAGGUCGAGAUUUCUAAUUGAGAAGAAAGGAAUCAUGGCAAUGGCAUUUGCCUACAUAAGGAAAAGAAAAUUUUACAGAUUAGGUGAAUUCCUCAGGGAUGUUGGUCUUGGAAGGAAAAAUGUGGGGAAUCUUUUAUGGAAUCUUCUACUUCUAUCUUAUGCUGCCAAUUUUAAAAUGAGAAGUUUACAGCGGGAGUUUCUACAAAUGGUUGAAGCUGGAUUUAAUCCAGAUCUUACAACAUUUAAUAUUAGAGCUCUAGCAUUUUCAAGAAUGGAUUUGUUAUGGGAUCUUCAUCUUAGCCUUGAACACAUGAAGCAUAUGAAUAUCGAACCCGAUCUCGUGACCUACGGUUGUGUUGUUGAUGCUUAUGUCGAUCGAAGACUUGGAAGAAAUUUGGAAUUCAUUUUGAGCAAAAUGAAUCCAGUUCAACCUCCAGUAUCAUUAACAGACUCUUUCGUCUUCGAGGCAUUGGGUAAAGGAGACUUCCACAUGAGUUCUGAGGCGUUCAUGCAAUUCCGCAAGCAGAAGAAAUGGACUUAUAGGGAGUUAAUAUCAUUGUAUUUAAAAAAGCAACACAGGAGAAAUCAAGUGUUUUGGAAUUACUAACCCAGAACGUUAUCGAACGUCUUCUCUCAGCAAUAGAGGAUUGUUUUUUGUACCUGAGUUUGGGGAAUUCAAAUGUACUGAAAUGAUUAAGUUGAUUCUUAGAAGUGAAUAGUAAUGUUUCCAACCGUGGUCUUCAUCCCUAACUCAGCUGGGUGGUGUACAGUGUAAUUUAAAAGACGUGUCUGAUAUUUGUUAUAUAUUGUUUAAUCAUCAUCCUUUCCUAUCUCAAGUUUUGAUUUGGUUAA